AAGCGUAGAGCAUAGCACUAGAGCGCUAGUCGGAGCGCGCAUACGUUCCAUCGCUGAUGUUUUGAACGGAAGGGGUACGUCCGCUAAUUUGUCCGGCUCCUUGGGCGUGUUAUCCAAAAGCGACCUUAUGAUCUCGUAGAGAAGGACGGGAACUUCUUUCCCCUUGACUGACAAUUGUAUAACAGGACGCUUUAUGAUCGCAAGAUCUCUCAGGAUGCCCGGAUCAGUCCCAGCUAGCGGCGAGGCCACCUGGCCCAAAGACGUGGGCAUCAUCGCGCUGGAGGUCUACGUGCCCUCGCUGUACGUGGACCAGUCGGAGCUGGAGCAGUUCGACGGCGUGUCGGCGGGCAAGUACACCAUUGGCCUGGGUCAGGCCCGCAUGGGCUUCUGCUCUGACCGCGAGGACAUCAACUCGCUGUGCAUGACGGUGGUACAGAGGCUGAUGGAGAGGAACAGCCUCUCGUACGACAGCAUCGGGCGGCUGGAGGUGGGCACCGAGACCAUCAUCGACAAGUCCAAGUCGGUCAAAUCGGUGCUGAUGCAGCUGUUCGAGGAGUCGGGCAACACGGACGUGGAGGGCAUCGACACCACCAACGCCUGCUACGGGGGCACGGCCGCGCUGUUCAACGCAGUCAACUGGCUCGAGUCCAGCUCCUGGGAUGGUCGCUAUGCCCUGGUGGUGGCUGGAGACAUUGCGGUCUAUGCCACAGGUAGCGCCAGGCCCACGGGCGGUGCGGGUGCAGUGGCGAUGCUUGUAGGACCCAACGCCCCGCUGGCAUUCGACAGAGGUCUGCGAGGUACCCACAUGCAGCACGCGUAUGACUUCUACAAGCCCGACAUGGUGUCCGAGUACCCGGUGGUGGAUGGCAAGCUCUCCAUCCAGUGCUACCUGAGUGCCCUGGACCGAUGCUACAGCGUGUACCGCAACAAGGCCCACGCGCAGAGGCAGAGAGAGGGUGUGGACAAGCGUCUCAGCCUGGCGGACUUCGACUACAUGGUGUUCCACUCGCCGUACUGCAAGCUGGUACAGAAGUCCCUGGCGCGCCUGCUCCUCAACGACUUCCUCUCCCACCCUAAUCCCAACACCGAAAGUGGCUUAUACACUGGCCUGGAAGCUUUUAGGGAUGUGAAGGCGGAGGACACAUACUUCGACAGGGACGUGGAGAAGGCCUUCCUCAAAGCCAGUGAGCAGAUGUUUGAGCAGAAGACCAAAGCCUCCCUGCUGGUGUCCAACCAGAACGGCAACAUGUACACCCCCUCCGUCUACGGCUGCCUAGCCUCCGUCAUCGCCCAGACGACGGCGCAGCAGCUGGCUGGCCAGAGGUUUGGCCUUUUCUCCUAUGGCUCCGGAUUCGCUGCCACACUCUACUCCAUUCGAGUCACACAAGACGCCACACCUGGGUCUGCCCUGGACAAGCUGGUGUCCAGCCUGAGUGAUCUGCAGGCCAGACUGGACUCCAGGAAAAAGGUCUCGCCUGCCGUCUUCGCCGAGAACAUGAAGCUCAGAGAGGAGACCCAUCACUUAGCUAACUACACCCCACAGGGCUCCGUGGACGAGCUGUUCCCAGGCACCUGGUACCUGACUCACGUGGACGACAAGCACCGCCGUCAGUACUCCCGGCGUUCCCAUAGCGACGACACCCCACUGGAGGCUGGCCUGGUCAACUCCACCAACACCACUAACAACACAACGCCGGCAACCACAGAGCAUAUUCCCAGCCCAGCGAAAAAGGUGCCACGUAUCCCAGCCACCACUGCUGGUCCCGGCCUGGUUACCAUUAGCAACGGGGAUCACUGAAAUUUACCUCUGCGAGGUAUUCACAUGGCAACGGUCAUGAAAAGGGGAAUCAGAAAAGGACUCGGUGGCGGCUUUUUCUGACCAAAUUCCUUUGCCAUAUACCAGUAACUACUGUGUAAAACUAUUUUUGUUCCUCAUCCCAGAUUCAUCACCCACAGUUUCCUUUUUGCUUUGGCUCAUUGGUCAUAACGAUGCUUUAUAUUUUUGUUUGUCAAUUUUUAUUUGUUGCUGAAGUUUUUGUUUUUAUUUGUUUUCCUGUUUUAUGAUUUGAUUUUUUUGUCUUUUUGUUGAUCUUUUUGUGUUUUUUUUUCUUGUCUAUGUCAUUUUGAUUUUUUUUCUCUGUCUUUGUGGUUGUCCUCUCUGUAUGACACUCAUAGGGCAGGUUCUGGGUAGUGUAAUGGACACGACAUGCUCACAGUCCUCACCCCAUCGUGCGUGUGUAUUGGCACGUCACUCAUAUUCAUAGUCGUGGUGUCCGAGAACCUACUGCUGCUUCGUGAAUAAUCCCAAGUUCAUACUUGCAUUAAGUUCACUAUCACUCUCUCUCUCUCCCCAUUUCUAACUCUAUCUCUCUCACUCUUUUGUGAGCUGGACCUGAACGGCAGAGAGACGUUCCUUAGAUCAAACCAAGUAAUAGUCCCCCGGAUGUCAAGACUGAGCAAGACUCUGAGACUGAGGGCGUUAUACUGCCCCCUGGGGGACAGGAAUGGACAUAAGAAGAAAAAAAAAAGGGAUAACUUGUCUCGUCCACUCGUGUGUACAUAUUUCACACGAAUGAAAUGCUGCUGCCUCUUCCUCUUCCUCCCCCUCUUCCCUAUUUCUCCACGUGUUGGAGCCACUCACAUGGUGGUUGGACAACCUUAACACACACACACACACACACAGCUGGUAGCUUCCCAAAAUACCUCAAUUAGCAACUGACUGGGCUGUGAAGAGUUGACUGUGCGUGUUAGCUGUUGUCUGCUGCGACCACUGUGAUCUGAGUCUAUGGGUACUUGGCGAGAGACCAAGCGGCCAUCUCUCCAUAACCAUUUUUAAGCCGUUUCCUCCCGUGGAGGAAUCGAAGGAGGAUGGAGGAUGGCGGGAGGACCGCGUGCAUGUUCGCCCUUAAGGGCCCCACCAGGCUUGUCAACAGGGGGGACACACACAAAGGGGUCAGCUGUCCCAGGCCCAAGGACAGGUGGGUCCCCAUGCAUGUAUUGAGUUGGUGGGGAGUGACUUUGUCCUGUGCCUGGCCAAAGGUGUCAGCGGCCCCUUGUUGCCUCCCUGGCCUCUCUGCUCUGCCCACGUCCUCUCCCGCAUUUGCAUGGCUUGAGAUGUCGAGCUGUGAGGCUGGAGACUGGAAGGAAGUGACUUGGAGGAGAGAUAUUGAUAGGUACUCAAAGAGUGGCUGGUAUUGUCAGGACUGUGAUGCAUUCAGUUUAGUAGUUAAAUGAAAUGACACGGUUAGUGCCGUAUGUGAGCGCGGUCAACACGUUCAUAUCUGAGUUAGUUCACUUGAUAUGCAUUGGAAUAUUUCCUCCAAAAGAGAGGAGGUGCAUUUUUUUGUCUUAAUUUGGAACUAAAUUAUCUAUUUAAAGCUUAGAAAUGUUUCUUCAAAAUCAUACUAAUAAUUUCAGCAUUUUCGCUGACCAUGGACAAGUUGAUGAAAGAUUGUUUUUAUAAUGAAAACUAUAAACUAAUGGAAAAAUUGAGAAAAAAAAGACACUGUAAAAGGAAAAAAAUGGUCUAUAUUAUGAAAUAAAUUAGUUGUGCUGGAUUGUGCAGGGAGCAAAUAAACCUGACGUCUGCUGACAGUU